UAAAUUUAAGAUCUGAAAGGCAAACAUGGUAUUAUUAUAAGACUUAUAAUUGAAGUAGAAAAAAACUAUUUUAGAAGUUAAUCUAAAAAUUAAAAACACCUUUUUUUUAAUGGACAAAUUACAUGUUAACUACUGCAUUAUCUCGAUAACCAAAUUAAAAGAAAAGUGGGAAAAGAUCCAAUGCAAGUGGCAAAUUGAUGGUUGUCUUUAUUAUGCGAGCCGUUUACUAGCAAUUUUGGUGCCGUUUACUUGACAAGCAAAAGCUUGAGUUUCAAUUUUAGGAAGGUCACGAGAAACAUUUAUAGAUAAAUAGGAAAAUAAAAUACAGUCUUUUCUUGAUUGAAAAGUCUUUUUCUUCAUCGAAAACAGACAUCAUCAUGACCAUGGUUGCCAUGCAUUUUCAAUUUAUAGUCUUUCUCUUCUGGCUCCUUUUCUGCAUGAAAACUGGAAUUGGAUACAGUUCCAAUUCCAGUGCAGGAGUGGUUGAAGUUAUGUGCAUAGAGAGGGAGAAACAAGCUCUUCUCAAGUUCAAACAAGGGCUUGUCGAUUUUGCUAAUGAGCUUACAUCAUGCGGUAGCAAAGGAGAAAAUUGAUGCAAAUGGAGACGAGUCAAGUGUAAUGAAACUUCUUGUCAUGUCUCUGUUCUUGAUCUUCGUCCUCUUGUUAGCUAUGAGUAUGGGGGUAUCUCGUGGACACCUUUCAGCGGGGAGAUCGGAUCUUCAUUGGUCGAAGUGCAAAAUUUGGCGUACUUGGAUUUGAGUCGGUUCGAAGGAAGUGAAACUUCUAUCCCCAAAUUCAUUGGUACAUUGACAAACUUGAGAUAUCUCAACUUUUCCAACUCCGACUUCAUGGGAACAAUUCCAGAUGAGCUUGGAAAUCUCUCCAGGUAAAAUUCCAAGGAGCACUCAACUUCAGAACUUUGAUUGGGGAAUGCUGGACUUUGUGGGGAGCCGCUUCCAAAAAAGUGCCCUGGAGAAGAAGAUGAAGCUGAAGCAGAUAAUUUGGGCGGAGGCAGCAAAAGUACUGAUGAAGAUAAUGAAAAGGAUAAGACUAUAACCCCAGGAUAUUACAUUAGCAUGAGGGUGGGGUUUGCAACAGGAUUUUGGGCAGUUUGUGGAAGUUUAUUGCUUGACAUGCCUACUUUCGGUUCUUGGACAUGGGAGGAAAUUGGCUAUAUGUAAGAGUCAAAUUGAGCAUAGCCAAACUGCAAAGAAUGCUUUAAACCAAAGGCUGAGCACAGCAAGUUAGGGCGUCAACCUGGCUGCAACUCCAUCAGAACCCUGCUGCCAAUGGCAGUGCAGCUGUCCAAGCAUAUGAUGAUUAUUUGUCAUGUAGUUUCUUUCUUUCAUAUAAUUAAUUAGUUAUAUGUAUACCAAUAUAUCACAACAGAAAAUGAAGAAAAUCCAGAAAGCAACAGUUUAUGCUGCUUGUAUGUUGGCUAAUAAUCACUUGAUAAUUCUAUUACUAGUUUCUAAGCAAUGGAUAAUUAUUUUGUAGGUACUGAGUACUUCUGUUUUCUGAAUCCUAAAAAACACACCGAGGCAACCAAACCCCUAAUAAAAUUUAGGCAAAAAGUAUAAAACAGAAACACAUAGUUAAAUGUAAUAGUUUACAAAAAUUCUUCAAUUGUUAGAAUAAUAAUAGUAAUAAUAAUAAUAAUAAUAAUAAUAAUUUGUGAUUAUUUAGAUAGCAAAAACGACGCUGCUUUAUGUUUCACUUGCAGAUAAGUGCCAAAAGAUACAAGGAGUUCUGGGACUACAAUGGAAUCUGCCUAAAUUUAAUGCCUUUCUUUUGGCUGUGUUUGAACUUUGCUUUAUCAAGCUUUGUUUAAACUUUUCUCACCAAAAAUGCCAAUUCUUCCUUUCACGAGGCUCUGAUGUCGUCACUCAUCAGUAUCGGAAUAAGGCUGCGAAGAAGCCAUCCCAAACUCUUUUACCCACUUCUCCGCUCUACCGCCUCCCCAUUCUCUUUCUAUCCUCUUAAAUUGAAUCCAUUCGUUUCUUUAUUCUAUGCGGCAUUUCAUCGAACAGCCUCAGUACCAUUUCUAAACUCCCUUCGUUUCUCUGGUUCUCAGUCUUUCUCAAGCCAAAACCAGAAGUACCCAUUUGAGCUGUUCGAACAUAGAAUAUAUAAUCAUGAUCCUCUCACACAGGGUCUUCUUGAAACACUCAAACGGGCAGCUUACUUUCCGGGAGAAGCAGAGGCUAUGGCGUGUAUUGAUGGGUCAGGUGUUAAAGCUAAUAUAAAUUUGGUCUAUUCUGUGAUUUGGGAACUAAGGAAAGACUGGAAGUUGGCGUUUCUGGGUUUUAAAUGGGGAGAAAAAUGGGGCUGUAUUGAUGAAAAAUCGUGUGAGUUGAUUGUAUGGAUUUUAGGUAAUCAUAGAAAGUUUAACAAUGCUUGGAUUGUUAUUCGAGAUAUGCAUCAGCUUUCAAUGAACAUUCAGCAGACAAUGCUUAUUAUGAUCGACAGAUAUGCCGCAGCAGAUAAUCCAGGCAAAGCUAUUGAAGUAUUCAACAUUAUGGAGAAGUUCAAAAUGGCCCCGGAUGAAGAAGCAUUCUACUCUCUCAUGAAUGCUCUUUGUAAUCACGGGUACAUUGAAGAGGCGGAAGAGUUUAUGGUUGUCAAUAAGAAGCUUUUUCCCUUGGAAACUGAGGGAUUUAACGUUAUUCUAAAUGGAUGGUGUAGUAUAUGUGUUAAUUUACUUGAAGCAAAGAGAGUUUGGAGGGAAAUGUCAAAAUGUUGUAUCACACCCAAUGCAACUUCUUAUACACAUAUGAUAUCCUGCUUCUCAAAGGUUGGGAAUCUUUUUGACUCUUUAAGGCUUUAUGAUGAAAUGAAGAAAAGAGGUUGGCUCCCAGGUAUGGAGGUUUAUAAUUCUUUGAUUUAUGUACUAACUCGUGAGAACUGCUUUAAGGAAGCUCUCAGAUUCCUGGACAAAAUGAAAGAAGUUGGCUUGCAGCCUGAUUCUACCACUUACAACUCAAUGAUACGUCCCUUAUGCGAGGGAAAAAAGCUAGUGGAGGCGAGAAGUGUAUUGGCCACCAUGAUAGAGGAGAAUAUCAGCCCAACGAUGGAGACCUACCAUGCUCUUCUUGAAGUUGAAAAUUCUGAUUUUGAAGCAACUUUGGAAGUCCUUAAUCGAAUGACGGUGGCUGGUUUAGCCCCCACUGAUGAUACUUUUCUUUUAGUUCUUGCCAAAUUCUUCAAACUAGAGCAAGCUGAGAAUGCAUUGAAAAUGUGGAUAGAAAUGAAGCAAUAUGAAGUGACUCCUAAUUUGACACAUUAUAAAAUUUUGGUGGAAGGGCUAGUUAGAUGUGGAUUGUUAGCCAAGGCUCGAGAAUGUUAUGCUGAUAUGAGAUCAAAUGGAUUUACAGACGAUCCAAAGCUUCAGAAAAUGUUGAAAGAACCAGUACGAGGACAGAAUAGCAAAGAAAAGCUUUGCAAGGGACAGGUUAAGAGAGAUGGACAUGUAAAUCACAAGAGACGCAGCAUUGUCAGAAGAAAAAGUGUACACAGACAUCCAGAAAAAUUAUAGUCUAAUUUGGAACUCUGAUUGAAAACAUGAAACCUGAGAGAUAGGUUUUCAGCAUAGAAAUUUCUAGUUUUGUUAAUGCCACCACAGCGACUAGCGGGUUUGACCAAUUUCAGAUAAGUAAAUAGAAUCUCUGGUAUAGCAUGAGCUGGCCUGAUCCAAACUGUUUGCUUGCUGACACCUAAGGUUCGAAGUCUGCAACUCAAGGAAGGAGCCUAACUUCAAUCCUUCGAGUUCGAGGGAAGAAAUAUCAGAGCCACCCCAUUCUUCUCCUCGUGGUGAUACCGUGGAAGUACCGGAGCAUGCAUCUGUCUCGUGAAUAUUAGCCGUAUAUAGCUAUAAAAACAUAUUUUUGCUUCCUGUAGCGGAAACCAUAUUCACCUUAUCUGUAGAUAAAAGCAGAGUGCGAUUUGAAUCCCUUUCUGGCCAUAUAAGUGUUAUUAGAGAUCCCCUAAUUUGUAAGGUUAAGAUUCAAUUAAUCAAGUGAUUAGUUUAAGUCA